AUGUGGUUGGGUACUGUAAACGAUGUGGCUGCUAGAUCACCGGACCAGAUUGGGCCGCGUCCAAGUCAGUUUAGAUGGAUGAGAACCAGAUAUGUCUCUGAGGCUGAAAUGCACUCGUUGGCUUGGGAUGAAGUGGUUCGCAAGAGAUGUGGCUCCGCAGUGGCGUUUUGGGGCACACGCAAAUUCCGAGGUGCCGACACUGAAUUCCCCAUACAAGUCGAGCCAGUCAUUGUCGUGCCCAUUUCCAAACCAUUUGCCGACAAGACCGUCCCAGUGUUGAUACCCUACCAGGAAGGGACAUCCCAGUUUCUGAACGGCGACAGUACGGCAGGCAAGCAGGCCCAAGGGCACGAAGCUGUGCGAGUGUGUAGUGGUACCCGUAAUGGUGGUUGGUUGGCGUCGUUGGGUAUCAAUGCUUCGCGCCAAAAAUGUGGCCCGAUCCACUUUAGCCCAAAAGAUGCCUAA